ACCCUGUGGCGGGUGCGAACCCCCGCCCGGCAGUGGCAGGGGCUGCUCCCGGCUUCUGGCUGUCAUGGACCUGCCGCCUCCUCCUACUCCGCGUCCGCCGAGACUGCCCGGGUCCGGGCGCUUGUCUAUGGGCACCACGGGGAUCCAGCCAAGGUCGUCGAACAACGCUCUUCCUGCCAAGACAAGAUGGGCCCUCAGCAUCCUUCUCAGCAUAACACCGCAGCCAUGGAAAUUAUCAUGAGACGUGAAUCCUCUUUGCUCCAAUUGUCCGGCUCUGACAAUUCUAUGGAAGUAACGCAGGCGCUGACUGCCUGCUCACCAGUGGUUGUUCCCGCAGCCUCCAGGGAGCAAUGAUUUGGUUUGAAAUCUGGGAUCCUGGGCACAAGAUGUUACCAAGGACCCCUCCUUGGCCCUUGGCUGGUUACACAGUCAAUAGCCCUCCCAGCUUCCAGCCAGACAGGAGCUGCAUGGUUGUGUUUUUACCUGGCAAAGAGAUCCAAGCAGCUUGCAGGCAGGGACCGUGCCCCCAAGAGUUGGUCCUCAGCAAGCUGAGUGGCAGAUUCUGCAGCUCCCUUGUAGUGGAGUUUACGUGGUGUCAGCAGAUGUGGAAUAUCAUGGGGCCCACAGACUUUCUGGUCCUCUUAGUUUAGGGAAAGUAGGGGAUUGAGAAGGUUUCUUUGCCAGCUGGGUAGAAACUUCCAGAAGUUGCCCUAAGUCUCUGAUUCCUUCAGUUCAAAACUGAAGGCUCCUGUGCUAAAGAGCCAAAAAAUGAGUCCUGAGUGGAGUCCUGGGAGCCGUAAGAGGCGCAGGGAGGGUGUGGUUGUGUCCAGCACACCAAACCACCCGGAACAAAGGAGCUUUGCUCAGGGAAAGGAGCUCUCCCGAGAGCCCAGGACUCCCUUCAUUCCCUGGGAGCCAGCCCCUUACAAGCUGUGAGCUGAGGAACUUCGUUCCUUCACAACUGCCUAGUUGUGCCCUGCUUAUUAAUUAUUAGUCAAAUCCCAGAACAAUGUACCUAGCGCACCAGGCAUCACUGAAUCACAGAGGGCAGCUUGGUGACCGGGGGACUGCAGACACACUGGGGAGGACCACAUGAGAGUCAGUUACAUUCACCCAGUGCCCUGUGAUGACAUAAACAUUCUUGGUUCUGUGCUAAGUAGACGAGAAGGUCUCUGGCCAGCAACAAUUUCUCCCUACCUGUUCUUCCUGCUCAAAAUGGUAUUGACCGUUUGAUGUGAUUGAGUAAAAGAUGAAAGAUAAGUACAAAUGAUUGCUAAUUAAGUGUGGAACGCAGGAAAGAGAUCUCAGCAGAGCUAGCUAAUGCCCACCUUACACAGCAAGUAUAACUGCCAGUCCCCAGGGUACUGGCCUCUUUUCCCCCCUCUCAAAAGGCUCUUUCUUCUGCCUGCUUUUGUCUCCCUUGUACUUCAUAUGGCAUCACAGGUGUAGAGCCUUGGCCUCAAAGGAGCCAUUGUGACCUUAUCCAGGCUGGGAUCUGUUGACUGAGGACAGUGGCAUCCCCUUGAGUUGCAUGGCGCCAUUACACUCACAGAGGGAGGACGUGAACGAGGUAUAACCAGGCAAUGGUUUCAGAGGUUUCCUUGGAUAUUCCUACAAUGGGUAACAGCUGCCGUUUCUUCAGCAUCUACUGUGUAGACUCAAGAACCUGGACCGAGCUGCUGUGGGAGGAUCAGAUGUCCGUGUGAAGAUGCUGGCGGCCCCUAUCAAUCCAUCUGACAUAAAUAUGAUCCAAGGAAACUACGGCCUCCUUCCCGAACUGCCUGCUGUUGGAGGGAACGAAGGUGUUGCACAGGUGGUAGCGGUGGGCAGCAAUGUGACCAGGCUGAAGCCAGGAGACUGGGUGAUUCCAGCAAAUGCUGGUUUGGGAACCUGGCGGACCGAGGCUGUGUUCAGUGAGGAAGCACUGAUCCAAGUUCCAAGUGACAUCCCUCUUCAGAGCGCUGCCACCCUGGGUGUCAAUCCCUGCACAGCCUACAGGAUGUUGAUGGACUUCGAGCAACUGCAGCCAGGGGAUUCUGUCAUCCAGAAUGCAUCCAACAGCGGAGUGGGGCAAGCGGUCAUCCAGAUCGCCGCAGCCCUGGGCUUAAGAACCAUCAAUGUGGUCCGAGACAGACCUGAUAUCCAGAAGCUGAGUGACAGACUGAAGAGUCUGGGGGCUGAGCAUGUCAUCACAGAAGAAGAGCUAAGAAGGCCCGAAAUGAAAAACUUCUUUAAGGACAUGCCCCAGCCACGGCUUGCUCUCAACUGUGUUGGUGGGAAAAGCUCCACAGAGCUGCUGCGGCAGUUAGCGCGUGGAGGAACCAUGGUAACCUAUGGGGGGAUGGCCAAGCAGCCCGUCGUAGCCUCUGUGAGCCUGCUCAUUUUUAAGGAUCUCAAACUUCGGGGCUUUUGGUUGUCCCAGUGGAAGAAGGACCAUAGUCCAGACCAAUUCAAGGAGCUGAUCCUCACACUGUGCGAUCUCAUCCGCCGAGGCCAGCUCACAGCCCCAGCCUGCUCCCAGGUCCCGCUGCAGGACUACCAGUCUGCCUUGGAAGCCUCCAUGAAGCCCUUCGUAUCUUCAAAGCAGAUUCUCACCAUGUGAUCAUCCCAAAAGAGCUGGAGUGACAUGGGAGGGGAGGCGGAUCUGAGGGGCUGGGUGCAGGCCCCUCAGUUGGGGCUCCCACCUUCCCCAGACUACUGCUCUCCUCACUGCCUCUUCCUAUUAGGAGGAUGGUGAAGCCAGCCACGGUUUUCCCCAGGGCUAGCCUUAAGGUAUCUAAUAAAGUCUGAAGUCUCCCUUCCAAAAAGUAGAAGUCACCCCUGUCGAGAAGGACCAUCACUGUACACUGGUCAGCUCACAGCACCAAGAGGCCCCUUUCCCGCUUUUCUGUCAUGUGUUCCCCCAGUAAUCAUUUUCUGACCACCCUGAAAGCAAAGCCUAGGUGGGUACUGGCAGUACAAAGGCCAGUAGGCCACCAUCCCUGGCCCCAAGCUGCACAAGCCCACAGAGGAGGGUCCUGCAGAAUGAACGCUUUGAUGUGCUUCUCAGGUAGCGUGCCGCCCAGUCCAGGGCUUGGGGAGGGCCAGCUGCAUGGAAGAGUGAAUGCCAGGCUGAGGUCAUCAGAGCCCUGAGGAACUUGGACGUGGGGUCUCCACUCUCAUGGAACUGCCAUUCUAAGUGGAGACAUAGACAGUAUACCAGUGGCUCUCAACCAGAGGCGAUUUUACCCCCAGGAGAUUUGACAAUGUCUGGGGAUAUUUCUGGCUGUCACAGCUUGGGAAGGAGGUUGCUACUGGCAUCUAGCAGGCAGAGUGAGUGCUGCUGUUAAACCCACCACAGGACACAGAACAGCCUCCUGCAACAAAGAAUUAUCCAAGGCCUGGCACAGUGGCUCACACCUGUAAUCCCAGCAUUUUGGGAAGCCAAAGCGAGUGGAUCACUUGAGCCCAGGAGUUCGAGGUCAACCUAGGUAACAUGGUGAAACGCCAUCUCUACAAAAAAUACAAACAUUAGCCAGGCAUGGUGCUGUGCACCUAUAGUCCCAGCUACUCGGGAGGUUGAGGUGGGAGGAUCACCUGAGCCUGGGAGGUCUAGACUGCAGGGAGCCAUGACCAUGCCACUGCACUCCAGCCUAGGCAACAGAGCAAGACCCUAUCUAAAAAAAAAAAAAAAAAAAUCCAGCCCCAAAUGUUCAAUGUUCAUGAGGUCGUUGAUAAACCAUGCAUUAAACAGUCUCACAGUAAUUA